AUGGCCGGCCGCAGCCGGCUGCGCGUGCUGCUCCGGGACUUCGGGUGCCCCGCAGAGGCGGACGCUGCGACGUUGGCCGCAGGGUUCCGGCGCUUGGCCAAGGAGCGGCACCCGGACCUGGCUGUGCCGCUCGGGAAGUCCCGGCAAACUGCAAACGCGGAGUUCGCGGAGCUGCGGAAACGUUUCGAAGAGGCCAAAGAGCUUCUGGAAAAGCAGAAGGAGAUGGAGGACCGUGGCCAUAUGCGUCAUGACCAUAUCAUUGCAAGCCAUGGCGGGCUGUUUUAUCAUGAUCCCUACAAGUGGCGACCACCGAAGACCAGGAAGGAGAAGCCCAGUGCAGAAGAACCUGCCGACUUGAUUACCAAAGUCAAAGCACUCAGCUUGCUCGCAGCCGUUCUGUCAGGCACUCUGUAUGUCUUUGACCGGACUGCAAGGAAGAGGAGUUUGUUGUGGAAUGGUUGA